CAGGCACUUAAGACACUCCAUAAUUUUGUAUAUUAGUAAACAACAAGAAUGUCAAUGAGUUAGUCAACGAUAACGACCGUAGUGUGCCUCUUAGAGGCUGCACGCGCAACUCGUUAGACUAUCCAAGUACUUGAGAGACCGUUGAAGCUUAACUGAAGUAACAGAACCAAAGUCCAGGUGCUUAUAUCACCAUGCCGGCACAAAGGGACGGGGUGGGCCACGGGUUGCUGGCUCUUGGCUGCUUGCGAGGCAGGUGUUCGCCGCAAACAACAUCAUGCCAUCAGGAAAAUUUAGGGAAGUUCAAGAAGAUUAAAGUGGUCCUGGGUAAUGAAUCAUGUGAUUUGGACUCAGCGGUAUGUACGCUAGUUCAUGGAUUAUGGCACUAUGAUAAAUUAAAGUGCGAACAUGUGGAGGAUGUUGCGGUAAUACCGGUAUUAAAUGUUACCAAGCGUAUGUUUAGGAUAAAAACCGAAGUGGUGUACGUAUUGAAGGACAAUAAUGUCCCCUUGGAGUUGUUGACGUUUAGGGACGAUAUUGAUAUGAGGGAGCUGAGUGAACGACAGAUGUUGGAAUUGAGUCUUGUGGAUCACCACACGUUGACCGAUUACGAUGUGUCAUUGGCAGACUCAGUCGUAGAGGUGAUCGAUCACCGACCUCAAGAUACGAAUUGGCCGUGGACAGGUCGCGAUAUUAAUCUGAAAAAGGUCGGCAGCUGUGCCACCCUCGUUGCCAGAAAUAUAUUGGAUAAAAAUCCAAGACUACUCGACCAACAGAUCUCGAGUUUGUUGAAAGGGCCAAUUUUGAUAGACACGAGUAAUUUUUCCGAGUCAGUGGCACGUGCAACUCAACUGGACAUUCAAGUGAUGCAAGAGCUGGAAAAAAUCUCUACCACUACCAACGCGAGCAGUAACAGUAACAGUAGUAGUAGUGGUGGUAAAUCCACCCCUUCUGAAACACAAACGAAUCGUAAUAAAAUUUAUUCAGCUAUUUUAAAUGCCAAGACUGACAUCAGUUGUUUGUCGCCCGAGGAUCUUAUUCUAAAAGACUUAAAGUUCGUCAACGGAAUUCCUAUUCCUGGGUUACCAAUUCUUGUAGAGGAAUUCUUGAAUUUAAAUGGCGCUUUGGAAGCCGUGAAUUCGUUUACAAGGGAACGUGAAUCCCAGCAAGAGCCCCAACAUCAACAGCGUCUCACGGUAAUCUUAGGGAUGAAUUUAAAGGGCCAAGUGGUGAAGCGAGAUCUCGCAGUAUUCUCUUUCUUACCCAAUGAUCUGGAAAAUAAAAUCGUAAAAGCACUUGAGAGUGGAAACGCGGAGCUGGAUCUGUCACUGUGCCGUAGUACAUUUAAAGAAAACUGGAGCUUGAAGCUGUACAAACAGGGAAACGUGCGGGCGACACGGAAGCAAAUACUGCCGAUUAUACAAAGCGCAUCGGCUGGCUGGCAAUGUUGACCGUGUCCUCUCUCCAUCCACUAAACACUCCACACUACGGUACAUACGCCACACACUAGACUACUUCUAGUAGCAUUAAACGUAUAUUGUACCACUUUAUACUGUAGCAAUCUAAACAUUAAACUUUGUGUUAAGUUAAUUACAAGCCUUCUUAUCUAAUUGCAACGCUCGUCGUAUUCCUUAUCUACCCAGCACCACUCAAAGCGAAUUAAUAUAACUUGAAUUUCAUUUUCAACGUCCGGUUUUUUCACCGUCCGA